AUGGCCUAUAACCACCAGUCAGAAAUAGCUUCUUCCUCGACCGAGUCGCCAUGGCAUGCCAAAUACCCCGCGCCCCGCACCGUCGCAGCGUCCAUCUCGCGCCAGGAACUCCUACAAUGGUUCCAGGAGGGGAAGGAGGCCGGGAAGGAUUUCGUGCUGGUGGACCUGCGACGCACGGAUUUCGAUGGGGGCACUAUCCGCGGAUCUUUGAAUCUCCCCGCCCAGAGCCUCUACCCAACCCUUCCAACUUUUUAUUCUCUUCUGCAGAAUAGCAGAGUCAAGCAUGUUGUGUGGUAUUGCGGGUCAUCUCGAGGUCGCGGGACGCGUGCAGCAGGCUGGUUUGCGGAUCUGAUCGAGGACAACCGAGAUACAGCCCUGACAAGUGUGGUUCUGGAAGGAGGGAUUAAAGGGUGGGCUGGUGCUGGUAUGGAGUAUACAAGUUUCAUGGACGAGUAUGAUGCGUCGGCGUGGACCACAUAA